UAUCACCGUGGGGCUCAGUCUGCCGCCGCUCUCCCUCUGACGGCCGCCGGACCUCACCCUCACAUCACCUUCUGCCGGUGGCCGGCGGCGCCGACGCUGCGAAUCACGCGGGUGGCGGGGGCGGGGGUGGCAACCGUCGGUAGUGGAGGCGUGGAGGCGGGGGACGGGCCACACCACGGCAGGCGGUGACAUUCAGGCUUGGCUGGCGGCGGAACAAUCGAGAGGCCGGCGAGGGGAAUAGGGAACGGACAUCGGGACGGCGAGCUGGCGAGUCUCCGUCAUGCGGGCUCCAUUUACUUCCAUUCCGGUGGUUCACGGCGGCGGCGGCCUCCCUGAUUCGGUUCUACAAGCUGAACAAUGGCUGCUGCUGAAUGAUUUUGCUCCAAGGUCAUGAGGCUAUUACAUUCAGUCCCCUAGAUGAAAGCAACCGCAGAUGACAGUAAGGUUCAUAACCCUGCUAGAGAGAGCAUAACAAGUGACAUUCAGUCCAUGGUGACAAAGCAAUGAAGAAGCAUCCUCCUACUGGACAACACCUUUGGUUUUAAGCCUCCUAAAUUUUGCAAAUUUGUUAAAGAUUCCCCACCAGUACAAGCAACUGUUUCUCUUCUGAUUGCCGCAAUUUUUUCUCCUUUUGUAUAGUUUGCAAAUGUUUUGAUGAAUAUAUGUGCCGCGUUUAGUAUUUGCAUAUCUGGAAAGGAGCAUGAAGCACAGGCUAUUCAAGGCACUGCACUGCACUGUUUUUGCCUGCUCAUAUUAAAUUGCCGAGAGCAAAAGCGCAGCCAGUCAUCCUCAAUAAAAACAUCUAGGUGAAAGUUGAGGUGUUCUUUUCAGACUUGGGAUAGUAACUUCAGAACUUCUAAUUACAAUGCAGGGACAGGUUACUAAUAGCUUGCUUAGGCAAGAUGCCAGCUAUAGUUUAAAUAAAUUUUUUUCUAGAAAAUUAUAUAAUUGAUUUCAAACUGUACCUAAUCAAGAGACCGCAUAUACUGUAUAAUCGCUUGGUAUAUCCAAAUUUCUAUCAGAGGCCUUUUGUUAUUCUACCAGUGUAAAAGAGGCAGCCUAUUCUUAUCUAUGGGUGCUAUGCUUUAUUUGCUCUAUCCUAAACUUCGAAGUGUUUUUUUUCAUGAAAAUGCAAAAGUUUUGUGUCAUGAUGCAUUGUCAGUAGAAAAAGUUAUGUACAUGCCCUAUAAAGGGCAACACCCAAAAAUUACAACGCUACACUCCUAAGCGCUAGGCACCACCAGAAGAAGCGCCACCAAUCAGACCGUCCCUGCUUUCGCCCACUUGACAAUGUCAGGUCUCUCAUUGACAAGCGUGCAUCUUUCUUUCUUUAGAAUGAUUUGCUCCAAUGUCUAAUUGUGAGGUUAUUAUAUGCAUUUCAUAAAUUUGUUAUAGAUUCCCCACCAAGCAGCAAAGAACUGUUUCUAUUCUGAUUGCCACAUUUUUUUAAAAAUUUCUACUGUUUGGAAAUGCUUUGAUGAAUUUAUGCUCUGUGUUUAGGUGUUUUCCUUUGAAAGCAUAGGCAUCUGGAAGUGGGCAUAAAGCACAUGCUUUUCAAGGUACUGAAUUGCACUAUGCUUAUGCGUUCAUACCAAAUUGCCUAGAACAAAAGCUGCAGCGAAUCAUCCCCAAUAAAAACAUCUAGGUGAUAGUUCAGGUGUUUUUUUAUAGACAUGGGAUGGUAACUUCAGAACUUCUAAUUACCGUGGAUAGGUUACUAUUAGCAUGCUUAGUCAAGAUGCCAGGUGUAGAUUAAAUAAUUGUUUUCAGACUGUGCCUAAUUAUGUCUGUUGCUAUUUUCUUAUUCUGCCAAUGUAGAAUAGGCAGCCUAUUCUACUCUACGAGUGCUAUGCAUUAUUUCCUUUAUCCUAAACUUGGAAAUGCUAUAAGGGAAAAAGUUUGGCAGUUAGGUUCCUGAGUAAGUAGCUUUCUAUCUGACAUUCUGUAGAAUUAGCUACCAUUGCCCUUACAAGCAUGACACAGAGAAUCGACUGGCUUCACAAUAGGCGUGUGAUCAACCAAAUGAGAGUGACGGAGUAGAUAGUUCAAUGAACUCAUAUUGAAACUGAAGAGACCUUGGUCCAAUGAGCCUGGGACACACGGUCCCAUAGCUUGUCAAGUAUAAGUUGAAUUUCAGUCCUGCAGACGUGAGUCUGGUACUCUGAUGUUGGCACUACAGCCACCGUCUCUUGUAUGUUUUAAGUUUGCCAACUUUAGCUUCCAACUUUUUAUUAUAAUUCUGUCUGGUCGCCUUUUUUUUUGGGGGAGUUUUGGUUAGUCUUUUGCAUUGAUAUCUGUUGAAUUUGCAUUUGUAAUAUAUUCAUUGUAGCAAAUAUUCGGGGGUUGGAUUUUAAAAAUUGUAUGGCAAGGUACCACUUGCCAUAUAGCACUAGAAUAUUGAAAGAUCUGCCUGGUAAGCUUGGUGGAAACCUCAUGAUCGACUUGACUGUGACCAUGGCUGGCUCCAUGCAGCCACUUGGUGGAAGCUCCAUUAUAUAUAGAGAGAUAGAUAGCACCGAAUGGGUGUACAGCUGCCCAUCUCAAGUUGCCAUGCCAAGUGGGUAUGUAGCUAGUACCGCUGUAGUCACCAAUCUUGACUUCCCCGCGUCAGUCAUCUUAUGUUCUGUAGAUUAGCACUCAAAUGUGAUGCAGAGAAUUGACUGCUUCCAGUAAGCGUGUGAGCGACCAAACGAGAGGAAUUGACGAGUCUAUACCAAACAGGACCUUGGUCCAAUGAGCCUGGGAUGGUUUGUAUAUGUAUUAGUUGAAUUUCAGUUCAGAGAUAUUGCCAAUACUGCCGCCCCUUUGGUUAAUUUCUGCUUUUUCCCCCUAGCUCUUUGUUAUGUGUUAUAAGUUACCCUUUUUUUCUGCCAAGUAUGUGUUUUAAGUUGCCAACUUUAGUUUACAACAUUUGUUGUUUUUUCUUUCGCUGGUCACACUUACGCAUGGUGACUUUGUGUUCAUAUCCGUUGAAUUUGUAUUUGUAACACAAACAUUUAUCUUUAUCAUUAUCUAAAGCAAAAACAUUUAUCUUUGUGGGUUGGUUAGUAAAAAAGGAUAUUGACAGUACUACCACCGUCCCUUGUGGUUAAUUUGUGUUCCUUUUCUAGGUGCUCUCUUAUGUGUUUUAAGUUUGCGUCUGUGGUCUCAUUUUUGUUGGUCUUUUGUGUUGAUAUUCAUUGAAGCAAAGAUUUGCAGGAUGGAUUUAAAAAAAUUGUCUGUUGGUUAGCACAUGCCUGAUAUAACUAAAAUACUGAAGGAUCUGUUUGGUAAGCCUGGUGGAAGCCUCAUGAUUGACUUGACCUUGACCUGGUGGAAGCCUGGUCGUCCAUGGUGGUUCUAUGCAGCCCGCUUGGUGGAAGCUUCAUUCAAGGUCCUCCUUCUUGAUAAGCUAAUCUAGCACUUGCUUUUUAUGUUAAUACUGUACUAACUUUGAGUUCAAGUUGCAGCCCAAGUGGGUAAAUAGCUAGUAGCUAGCGCUGUCCGUCUCUGAAUAAUUUGUCCAAAGUGGAUUGUAGUGAAUUCUCUGGUCAGUUAGCGGAACAUGCAUGCAUCCUUAACUACUUGUUAGGCUCAGCCUCUCCCAUUCUGUCUAUAUAUACACAUUCUCUGCCUUCUCUGAAUAGCAGAGCAGAGAGCAUUCACAUUCUUCUCCAUGCCUCCCCUCUACAUAUUAUCACUCUGGCUUCUCUUUGUGCACACUACUCCUUGGUGCUCCUCCUCUGCAACUGCAAGCAAUGACACUCUCAUGGCAGGCCAAAACCUGGCCUUCGGUGACAAGCUUGUCUCGAGAAACGGCAAGUUCGCGCUUGGCUUCUUCCAGUUCCAUCCAGCAAGCACCAUCAGUAAGUCAUCCCACAACACCACAUCUCCCAGCCCCAGCUUGUGGUACCUUGGCAUAUGGUUCAAUAAGAUCCCAGUUCUCACAACCGUAUGGAUUGCUAAUAGGGAUCAGCCCAUCACCAACCCCAAUGUCAACCUAACACAGCUCAAGAUAUCAAGAGAUGGCAAUCUUGUCAUAGUAAACCAUGCCGCCAACAAUGAAUCCAUUGUUUGGUCCACUCACAUUGUCAAUAAUAGGACACACAGCAGCAUCAAAGCCACUAGUUCUGCCGUUCUCUUGAACAGUGGAAACCUUGUCCUCAAAGAGAGCCGGUCAUCUGACCUACUGGCAUGGCAGAGCUUCGACUACCCAACAGAUGUUGUGCUUGCUGGUGCCAAGUUAGGCCGAAACAAGGUCACUAGUUUCACUCGCCAACCCAUCUCAAAGAAGAGUCUCAUUGAUCCGGGGCUCGGCUCAUACAGCAUUGAAUUAGAAGACACCAGGGGGCUUGUCCUCAGUCGCCGCAACAACCCAUCUGUAGUGUAUUGGCAGUAUGCAUCCUCCACAACAUCAUCAUUCAAUCUUGUGCGAGUACUCAACUCACUGCUUGAUUCCAAUCCUCUGACCAAAGGCUUAUAUAACCUAGUAUAUGUUGAUAAUGACCAAGAGGAGUACUACAUGUACACUUCACAUAAUGAACCAUCGCCUUCUGUAUUUGUCUCACUAGACAUGUCUGGUCAGAUAAAGCUGAAUCACUGGUCGCAAGCUAAUCAGUCUUGGCAAAUCAUAUAUGCCCAACCUGACGAUCCCUGCAACGCGCCUGCUGCCUGUGGACCUUUUACAGUGUGCAGAGGCAAUCCAAAUCCAUCAUGUGACUGCAUGGAGAGCUUCUCUCAGAAGUCGCCGCAGGAUUGGAAGUUUCAAGAUCGAACAGGAGGAUGCAUCAGAAAUACACCUUCACAUUGCACUAGUGACAAAAACAUCACAAGUUCAACAGACAUGUUCCAGCCCAUUGCUCAAGUUACAUUGCCCUACAACCCACAAAUCAUAGCCGUUGCCACCACUCAGAGCGAAUGCGAAGAAACUUGUCUCGGUUCCUGCUCCUGCACUGCUUAUUCCUAUAAUGAUAGCAAAUGCUCUGUCUGGAAUGGGGAGUUGCUUAGUGUAACUCUUAGUGAUGGCAUUGAAUACACUUCUAAAGAUGUUCUUUAUCUCCGUCUUGCUGCCAAAGAUUUCAUGCCAAGUUUGAGGAAAAACAAAAGAAAACCAAACGUUGGAGUUGUUACCGCUGCAAGCAUUAUUGGUUUUGGGUUACUCAUGCUCAUGUUUCUGUUACUGAUUUGGAGGAACAGAUUUAAGUGGUGUGGUUUUCUUUCAUCAUACUAUGACAAUCAAGGCAGUGUUGGCGGGAUUAUAGCCUUCAGAUAUACUGAUUUAGUUCGUGCUACUAAAAACUUCUCUGACAAGCUUGGUGGUGGAGGUUUUGGUUCUGUAUACAAGGGGGUGUUAAGUGACUCGAAGACUACUGUAGCAGUGAAAAGGCUUGAUGGUGCCCGUCAAGGAGAGAAGCAGUUCAGGGCCGAGGUGAGCUCAAUUGGACUGAUCCAACAUAUCAACCUAGUAAAAUUGGUUGGUUUCUGCUGCGAAGGUGAUCACAGAUUACUUGUGUAUGAGCACAUGUUAAAUGGUUCUCUUGAUGGUCAUCUGUUUAAGAAGAGCAAUAAUGUUGAUGCUGUUGUGCUAAACUGGAACACCAGAUAUCAGAUAUCCCUAGGAAUUGCCAGAGGAUUGUCCUACUUGCAUCAGAGUUGUCGCGAGUGCAUCAUACACUGCGAUAUUAAGCCAGAGAACAUACUUGUGGAUGCAGCAUUUGUUCCUAAAGUCGCAGACUUUGGAUUGGCAGCAUUUGUGGGGAGGGAUUUCAGCCGAAUUCUGACUUCAUUCAGAGGAACGAUAGGUUAUCUUGCCCCAGAGUGGCUUAGCGGAGUGGCGAUCACACCGAAAGUCGACGUUUAUGGCUUCGGCAUGGUACUGCUAGAAAUUAUAUCAGGAAGGAGGAAUUCCUCACCGGAAAUAUCACACAGCACUGAGAGCAGCAGCAACAGUUACCAACAUCACGAAUAUUUCCCUGUGCAAGCCAUCAAGAAGCUUCACGAGGGAGAUGUGAAGAGUUUAAUGGAUACACAAUUGCAUGGUGACUUCAAUUUGGAAGAGGCUGAAAGGGUUUGCAAAGUUGCAUCUUGGUGCAUCCAAGGUAGUGAGUUUGAUCGGCCGACUAUGAGUGAAGUGGUCCGUGUUCUCGAGGGUCUACAGGAGAUUGAUAUACCCCCAAUGCCAAGACUCCUUGCAGCUAUGAUGGAACAAUCUGAUGCUGCAACUUCAAUGUAAUAAUAAUAAAGAGAGUUUGUACUUUUUUUUAAGUUGUGAUGUGGAGAACAAGGAAUAAAAGAAGGAGGCGAGCUAGCGGUCUCCAAAUCGUCUGUUAUUUACUUAUCUUAUACUGUAUAUGGUAUAGAGCAAGCAUUGUAGCGAAAUAAAUGCCACUACUUUGUUAAGAGAGAAAGAUACUCCCAAUAAUUACUUCAUCUUAGAGAUGUGUCACUUG